GUGGUAGGUGAGCGGACAGAAGUUGUGUGUCGGUGAACAGAGACAGCUCUCAGUCUGGGGCGAGCGCUUCAGUGAGCGUGGAUGCUUGGGCAGUAGUCCCUGCGGCGGCGGCGGCGGCAGCGGCGGCGGCAGCAGUAGUGGUGGCAGAAGAGAGGAAGGGGGAGGGCCCCGAGGGCUACACACGCUCACACUUUCAAGUUCCCCCGGAGGGAGAGGAGGUGGGGCUGCAGAAAAGAGGAGGCCAGGAGCAGUUCCAUCCGUCCCGUCCCGUCUCCCCCUCUUCCUCUUGCUCCCUGCACCCUGGCUCUGCAAGAGUUGAGGGUUCGGGUGGCAGUACGCGGCAGUGAGGGCAAGAGGGCCAGGAGAGUGGGGAGCGGAGCCAGGGGUGCGGGGGAAGAUGCCCAUCCUGCUGUUCCUCAUAGACACGUCCGCCUCUAUGAACCAGCGCACUGACCUGGGCACCUCCUAUUUGGACAUUGCCAAAGGCGCUGUGGAGUUAUUCUUGAAGGUAAAGGGAGGGGAGGGGAGCGAUGGAGAGAGUUCCCGAGGGAUGGGGGGGGGUGGAUUUAGAUGCUUCUGUAACGUUGCUAUCGCCCCCUCCUCCCUCCUUCCCUUCGCGGCCCCCUCCGUCAUCCCUCGUCCCGCAGCUGCGCGCCCGGGACCCGGCCAGCCGCGGAGACAGGUACAUGCUGGUCACCUACGACGAACCCCCGUACUGCAUCAAGGCUGGUUGGAAGGAAAAUCACGCAACAUUCAUGAGUGAACUAAAAAAUCUUCAGGCUUCUGGACUGACUACUCUUGGUCAGGCUCUAAGAUCCUCAUUUGAUUUGUUAAAUCUCAAUAGAUUAAUAUCUGGAAUAGACAAUUAUGGACAGGGGAGAAAUCCAUUUUUUUUAGAACCAUCUAUUUUAAUUACCAUCACAGAUGGAAACAAGUUAACAAGUACUGCUGGUGUUCAAGAAGAGCUCCAUCUGCCUUUGAAUUCUCCUCUGCCUGGAAGUGAACUAACCAAAGAACCUUUUCGUUGGGAUCAAAGGUUAUUUGCCCUGGUGUUGCGUUUGCCUGGAUUGGCUUCUACUGAACCCGAGCAGCUAGGGAGUGUACCCACUGAUGAAUCUGCCAUCACACAGAUGUGCGAAGUCACAGGAGGUCGCUCCUACUGUGUUAGAACACAACGAAUGUUGAAUCAAUGCUUAGAAUCCUUAGUUCAAAAAGUUCAGAGUGGUGUUGUGAUUAACUUUGAAAAAACAGGACCAGAUCCACUUCCUAUUGGAGAAGAUGGACUUAUGGACUCAUCCAGGCCAAGCAAUUCAUUGGCUUCUCAACCAUGGCAUAGUUGUCAUAAGCUGAUUUACGUACGACCCAACUCUAAAACCGGUGUUCCUGUUGGACACUGGCCAAUUCCAGAAUCUUUUUGGCCAGAUCAGAAUUUACCUUCACUACCUCCGCGAACCUCUCAUCCUGUCGUGAGGUUCUCUUGCGUAGAUUGUGAGCCAAUGGUAAUAGACAAACUUCCCUUUGACAAAUAUGAACUUGAACCUUCACCCUUAACUCAGUACAUCCUGGAACGAAAGUCUCCCCAUACCUGCUGGCAGGUGUUUGUUACCAGCAGUGGAAAAUACAAUGAACUUGGAUAUCCAUUUGGUUACUUAAAAGCCAGUACGACUUUAACUUGUGUAAACCUCUUUGUGAUGCCCUACAACUACCCAGUUUUACUCCCUCUUUUAGAUGAUUUGUUUAAAGUUCACAAGCUUAAGCCAAAUUUGAAGUGGCGACAGGCUUUUGACAGCUACUUAAAAACUCUGCCUCCAUACUACUUAUUACCAUUAAAGAAAGCACUAAGGAUGAUGGGAGCUCCAAAUCUGAUAUCAGAUAAUUUAGAUUGUGGACUUAGUUACAGUGUUAUCUCUUACCUUAAAAAACUCAGCCAACAGACCAAACUAGAAUCAGAACGAAUACUAGCAUCAGUGGGGAAGAAACCUCCCCAGGAAAUUGGAAUCAAAGUGAAAAAUCAUUCUGGAGACGGUGUGUCCUUGACUCACAAUAAAAAUUUUAGAAAACUAUUGAAAGAAAUCAUAGGGGAAAGUGCACCGAGACUGACAGAACUGAAUACCAAAGAAUUUGCUGGCUUCCAAGUAGGGCUCUUAAACAAGGAUUUGAAACCUCAGACAUACAGAAAUGCUUAUGAUAUUCCACGUAGAGGUCUUUUAGACCAGUUAACCAGAAUGCGAUCCAAUCUGCUGAAAACACACAAGUCUAUUGUCGGACAAGAUGAAGAUUCCCUUCAUAGUGUUCCAGUCGCACAAAUGGGGAACUACCAGGAAUAUCUAAAGACAUUGGCUUCUCCACUUCGAGAGAUCGAUCCAGAUCAACCAAAAAGACUACACACUUUUGGAAAUCCAUUUAAACAAGAUAAGAAGGGAAUGAUGAUUGAUGAAGCAGAUGAGUUUGUAGCAGGGCCACAAAACAAAGUGAAACGUCCUGGAGAACCCAGCAGUCCUUUGUCAUCUAAGAGAAGGCGGAAUGUUCCCGUCGCUCCCGAGCGCCCUGAGGAGAAGCUGGAAAAUGGUCGCCUCUCGCCGGACGCCUUCUUGUCCAAACCUGCUGCGCCGGAGCUUUUGAAUGUGGCCGGAGACGCCGUCCCGCCCGGCCAGUUCGAGUCUCUGGCUGAUGGUUUCACGGACCUAAGGAAAGACCAUCUAACUCACAAGGCCGCCUGCAAUGCGCUCCUGGGAGGAGCCCCAAACUGCAGUGUCCCUGUAGACGAUCAAAAAGCCCCGACGCCCUCUGCCUUGGAACCUGGGCCAAAUACUUUGCAAAUAACUCCUGCCAUGGCCCAGGGAAUCAAUGCUGAUAUAAAACACCAGUUAAUGAAGGAAGUUCGAAAAUUUGGACGACGGUAUGAAAGAAUUUUCGUUUUGCUUGAAGGAGUGCAAGGACCUCUUGCAGUCAAGAAACAAUUUGUUGAAUUUACCAUCAAGGAAGCUGCAAGGUUCAAAAGACGAGUCUUAAUUCAGUACCUUGAGAAGGUACUAGAAAAAAUAGAAUCACAUCACCUUCUCCUCAACGUCAAUCACAUCAACAGCAGAUCAUCAUGUUAAUGCAAAGAGCAAGGAGAAAAAAAGAACAAGCUUUCUGUGCUGCAGGCUGGAGCAGGAUAUUGUUGAAUAUCCUAGAAUAUUUUAGUCAAGGGAACUGCCUUCCAGAGGCUAAGAAAAAGCAGUGGAGCUUUUUGGCAUAUGAUUCUCUGGCAGUAAAAGCUGGCUUUUGCCCCAUGCGUUUUCUUGGAAGGUAUUAAUUUGUAGUUUUGUGGUUCCUUUUCCCAAGUGAGGAAGGUGAUGUGAUUCAUCCAGCAGGUGAAAUUCAGUCAACACUGUCGCCCCUACCACACUUUUUGGGAUAAGGGUUCACUCUUGAACUUGGCUGUCCUGGGCAUUUCCAGAGUGACUUGGUGCUCUUAAAUGGUGUCCUUUCGAAAGAAUAGGUGUUCAGAUUCCAACUAGUUAUCUUGUGUGUGCUGAACAAAGUUUUCAACAAUUCCUAGUUGUGCCUUUUCAAACAUGCAAUAUUCAGGACAGUUUGGAUCCAAGAGCAAGAAAGCUGCUAUUCAGGUAACUUAUCUCGCCGUGGGAGGGGCAGGGAGAGUCAGUAAACAAUCUACCUCCAACUUUCUUCUAUUUUGUCUAGAGACAUUGCAAAGUGCACCUGAGGCUGCCCCAGGCCCUGACGUUUGUUCUCGUAUGUGACAACAGAGAAUCUUCAGGUGGACUUAGGCAUUCUGUGCUUCAGAAGCACUAAAAGAAAAAAAUAGUGUAUAUAUUUCCUUUAAUGUUUAUACAAAGGUUUAUAUGGAGCAGUAUUGUGAUGUUUGUAUUCAUUUGCAAAAAAAAUUAAGUGUACAAAGAGAUUUUGACUUUGCAUAUAUAAAAUAAAUCAUUUUAUUGAUUUUUCACAAGUUCA